UGAUAACUGGGGGAUGGCAGACUAGUGGAUGUGCAAUGUGAUCUAGUGGGGUACAAAAACAAUGGAAGGAUGGGAGGUGUUGUCCCUGAGGGAUUACUGCAGAGCAGAACAGAAAUCUCUGUGUUUAGGUACAUUUAUUUGACUAUAUAAUGAGCACAAUGCACAUUAUCUCGUCUCGGCAAUGUUUUAUGAAACCGCAAUGAUUUAAUUGAAAUUGACCGUGAUGUUAUUUUCUUUUUAGAACCCUCAGGCAUAGGUAUAGGCGAAAUAUGUCAUUGACAGAACAAGAAUAACUUAUUCAGAAAUUAUCGCCAUAUCUGACGGCUCAUAUUUUUUCUCAUGUCAAUCCCUGGCCUAUUGUCCAGCCUUGCCUCCACCUCGCGACCUACAGUAAGUUGUACUGUCGUGCUCUGACGGGAAGCGCUCUACCGGGAAAUUCCCAUUGCGUAAAUAUUCCGGAUGUGAAGAAUGCUUUCACUUCCACUUAACACUUUACCGUAUUGUUCCCGUUUUUUUGUUUUUCAAGUAAAGUAUCUUUGUGAUCGGCGUCUGUAUAACUGCGUUUUUAAUUGGUAAGUGUUAACCGCAUUUCGAACCAGAUUGAAAACGCCACGAGCCAUGUGCAGUGAGUGCUAAUAUUCGACUAAAAUGGGUGGUAAACGCGCUUCUUUGAAAAACUCAUAACUGAAUCCUUAUAUGCUGCAGCAGGAUAUAGGCUUAUUCUAAGGUGAGUCAGGAUCUAUUUGAGAGUGAUUAAUAUUCAUUUUGAUUUUGUAUUCACGUGUUUCGCUGGAUUACAUUUCAUUACAUUACAUUAAUGGCAUUUGGCAGACGCUCUUAACCAGAGCCACGUACAAGAAAGUGCAAAGUGCAUACCCAUAACCAGGGAUAAGUGCGUUGACAGACCCUAGAGCAGUGGUGUUCAAUCUUAUCCUAAAAGGGCCGGCGUGGGUGCAGCCUGUGGAAGCCGAACGAAGAGGUCUGGCAGGGGUGUAGGGUCUGAUGAUUUUUUGGAGGUAAGCUGGAGCAGACCCCUUAAAUGCUUGGGAGGCUAACACCAAUGUUUUGAAUUUGAUGCGAGCCAUGACAGGCAGCCAGCGGAGGGAAGUAAGCAGGGGAGUGACAUGCUGUGUGUACCCAUGCUUUAUAUGGUAGAGUUUACGCUACUGCUGCGGGAUUUGGUUACAUAUUAUUUUUCUGAAUGUUAUUGAAGUGGUCCUAGUGGUGUUUUAUUGUUUUUUUACGGUUGUGUCAGGGUGUACUUUACUCAAAUCUUUAAAAAAAUUUACAGCAAGAGUAAUGACCUGCAAUGUCUGUCCAGUCCUUGCUCAUUUCCACCCUGGAUGAUAUGUUGGCAGAGGAUCUGAGGAGGUUUAAAUUCUGGCUCUCAAACGAUUUGCCUGAGGGCUUUAAACCCAUUGGAAAGGGCAGACUGGAGAACAAACCUGUGGUUGACAUAGUGGAGCAGAUGAUAGCGGCCUUUGGGGAAAAAGAUGCAGGGAAGGUGGCACUGCAUGCCCUGAGGAAAGCGGACCAGAAUGACCUCGCUCAGAGACUGGAGAAAGAUCACACGUGGUCUGGAGAGAGACGUUGUUCUCCUGACCUGAGGAUGGUGCUGAUUGGUAAGAGUGGAGCGGGGAAGAGUGCAUCGGGAAACACCAUCUUGGAGAGAAAAGCCUUCAAAUCGGAGUUCUCUCCGGGUUCCGUGACCAGGAGUAGUGAGAGCAGUAACAAGGAAACAGACAGGGGGCGCAUUACCGUGAUUGACACCCCGGGGAUCUUUGACACUUCCAUGCCAGAGGAAGAAGUUAAGCGUGAAAUCGAGAGGUGCAUCACCCUGUCCGUCCCAGGACCGCAUGCCUUCCUGCUGGUGAUCAGGCUGGGCCGCUUCACACAGGAGGAGAGGAACGCCGUGCGCUGGAUCCAGGAGAAGUUCGGAGAGGAAGCCUCACGCUACACCAUGGUGCUGUUCACUGGGGGGGAUCAGCUGGAUAAGCCGGUGUGGGAGUUUCUCAGCUACAGCCGCGACCUCCAGGACGUUGUCGGCAGCUGUGGCGGUGGGUAUCACGUCUUCAACAACAAAGACGGUAGCGACGGUGCUCAGGUCUCCGAGCUGACGCGGAAGGUGGAGGAAAUGGUGGAGGGAAACGGAGGGCAAUGCUACACCAAUGAGAUGUAUCAGGAGGUGGAGCGAAGGAUAAGAGAGGAGGAGGACAGGAAGAGGAGAGAAGAAGAGGAGAAAGAGAGACAGGAAAUGGUUGUAAGACAGAUCAGAGAAAGUAAAUUUAUGAGGCAAGUGAGAAGAGUGAGAGAUGACGUGAAAGAUUUUUUAGAUAAACCACUACCGUUCAUAUGAGUGGCCCUUGCGAUAAUCGAUUGUUCUUUCUACACUCUCCCGGAUCUCAUGAAAUGAAAUCACACUAAUAUUUCACUGAUCAUGUUUUUUCAGCAACAUAAUGCUGAUAUGCCAGAACAAAUCCGCUUCCCUGCUUAACAUUUUAUGGGAAACACUUUGGAGACAAAAUGCCGAGAAUACCAGCAGCUCAGGAGAAACUGUAGUGACAGUGUUGUUCGGAACCACAAGAUGGUGCUCAGAACUAUUUCCUGAUAUUGAGUGUAGUUCACCCUUUUGGAAUAAAUAAAUGAGAUGAUACAUUUCUUCAAAUGGGAUAUGAUUUCAGGGAUAUGAUCAAUUCUGAAUUUUGGAAUGGAUUCUGAUUGCAGAUUGAAUAAACGGCUGUGGAAUUUGAUACUGAAUUUGAAUUAUAGGAAGCGGAAUUUAAUUCAAUGACAUUUAAAGAAAAAAGGUUUGAGAGAUAUGAGAUAUGAAAUGCUGUUGAGAAAAUCCAUUAUUACAGUUGUUCUUCUGUCAUCACCUAGUGAGAAUUUUUUCAAUUUUGUAAAACGAUGAUUAUGUGCAGGUCUAUCUUUAAAUAUUAGAUGGAGUGCUUGUAAAAAUACUUCAUUUAAUUCAUAUGAAAUGUUUCAGACGUGUCAAUGUUAUCAAAAUGUUGAAAGUGGUAAAUUAAAUAAAGUAUUGCAAUUUCUUGUCA